CCUGCUAAGCUCAGCUCCCUAAGCUCUUCCCAAAUGUGGCAACUGUGACAUCCAUGAUUCUAGGAUAGAGAGCAAGUGAGGGAGAUGUGUGGGAGUGGAAAUAUCCCUGACUACUAAACUCCAUUCAUCAGUUCCUGAAUGUGCAGCUGAGAUACAGGUGGUUCUAACCUGCCAGCAGGGGGUUUGGAAAAGAUUUGGGACAAUCCUGCCUGAAUGCUUAUCCUGAUGCUAGGGUAGAAAAUGCAGCCCUUUAAGAGAGAAAAUAGGAAAAAGCAGAUUAAAUCCCUGURUCAAAGCAUUAGGGAGGCUCAUUGUGGGAUUCUACAUCUUGAAAAGGAUUCAGGAAAAUCAGAGAUGCUCUAUAGAGCAGAAACACAAAAAUUGCUCAAGGGUGGGAGGAAAAGCCUGGCAGAAAGAGAACUAAGCGACUCGGUAUAUUUAGCUUUUCAGAAAGAUGGAUGAGAGGGGGUUUGCUUGCAGCAUAUGUGUAGUGUCACAAAGAGAAAAUGCCAGGCUCUGAAAGGCUCUUUAAUCAAGCAGAAGGCAGAAMAAAAUGGUAUGUCUGCAAGCUGAAGCCAGACACAGGGAGGUGGGAUGCUCUUCUGAACGUGAGAGUGAGGGACUCCUGAAACAAACCCAGAAAAGUGGGAGUCUCCAACGCUUGUCUUCAAUUCAAGCCUACCUCCUCUUUGGAAUCUAUGAGUGAACCAAACAUAGAGUAUUGGAAUUACUGCAAGGAGAUGAACUACUGAGCAGGGUGCCGGCCAGGUGCUUGCAGUCACACAGCCACCUGCCASACAGGAGCAUUGGGUCACUUCAUCUGAGGAAGACGCUGGGAAACCUGGUCCAGUCAGGCAGAGCGUUUGGGGAGCCGAUCGGGCAACUUCCAGCUGUUUACCUGCACCCUAAGUGGUCAUGUAGAAGAGCAGAUUUAAUGUGAAGAUGGGACUCUUGGUGUUUAUGCGUAACCUGCUACUAGCCCUCUGCCUCUUUCUGGUACUGGGAUUUCUGUACUAUUCCGCUUGGAAGUUGCACCUUCUCAGAUGGGAGGAUUCAAAUUCAGUGGUUCUUUCCUUUGACUCCGUUGGACAUACACUAGGCUCAGGAAGGAGAGAGAGAAAAACUGUGGCUAUUGUGCUUCCGCUGUCCAUCCCAUCUCACCUUGCUGCAGACCCAGGAAAAGACAGAGCCCAGAAAGAACCCACAGAAACCAUGGCAGCUGCAGGCCCAGCCAUUCCCAAAUAUGACAAACUGGGCUUUCUCCUGAACCUGGACUCAAAAUUGCCUCCAGAACUGGCCUCAAAGUAUGCCAACUUCUCUGAGGGAGUGUGCAAGCCAGGCUAUGCAUCAGCGCUCAUGACUGUCAUCUUCCCAAAGUUCUCGAAGCCRGCACCAAUGUUCUUGGAUGAUUCCUUCAGGAAAUGGGCACGUAUCAGGGACUUUGUACCACCCUUUGGAAUUAAAGGACAAGAUAAUCUGAUCAAAGCCAUCCUGUCAGCAACCAAAGAUUACCGUCUAACUCCAGCUCUUGACAGUCUCAGCUGCCGGCGAUGUAUUAUUGUGGGAAAUGGAGGAGUACUCGCAAAUAAGUCAUUGGGGCUAAAAAUUGAUGACUAUGAUGUUGUCGUCAGGCUGAACUCGGCUCCGGUGAAGGGCUUUGAAAAAGAUGUGGGUGGCAAGACAACGCUCCGGAUCACAUAUCCUGAAGGUGCAAUCCAGAAAAUGGAGCAGUAUGAGAAGGAUUCCCUGUUUGUUCUGGCAGGAUUCAAAUGGCAGGAUUUCAAGUGGCUGAAAUACAUUGUUUACAAGGAGAAAGUGAGUGCCUCUGAUGGCUUUUGGAAGUCAGUGGCAACCCGUGUCCCAAGGGAACCUCAUGACAUACGUAUCCUGAAUCCCUACUUCAUCCAGGAGGCAGCUUUCAGCUUCAUCGGACUGCCUUUCAACAACGGCCUGAUGGGCAGAGGGAACAUCCCCACCUUGGGAAGCGUAGCAAUAACCAUGGCGCUGCACAACUGUGAUGAGGUGGCGGUAGCUGGGUUUGGCUAUGACAUGAGUUCACCCAAUGCACCGCUGCACUACUAUGAGAACAUCAAGAUGUCUGCCAUCAAAGAGUCCUGGACGCACAACAUUCAACGGGAGAAGGAGUUUCUGAGGAAGCUGGUGAAAGCCCGAGUCAUCACUGACCUAACCAGUGGGAUCUGAGUGGCUGCAGCCACUGCCUCCAAGGGAGGAGACGAAGACACGCUGCAGCUCCAGGAGCAGGCACUGGCAGCCCCCUGCAAGAAUCCCACCUCACUGAAGACACACAGAGAUGCCCAGGUGCUCUGGGAAGACCCUCUUGCAUUGGCAGUCUGCACGAGGGGUACAUCUGCCACCUCCAGGCCUGGAGCUGACAGGAGGUGGGCAAGGGGCUGAGCGGACAGUUCUUGAACUCUGCAUCGCAGACAGAUCUUCUGCUUCCUGAAUUAGACAGGAAAGACUCAGGAGAGAGAAGAAAGGUUUGUCAAUAAAAUGAUUUGUGCCAAAUGGGAGGUGAUGCUGCCCCAAGGCAGCAAUGCCUGAAUGUACAAAGUAUUAUUUUUUAAAAGACUCUGCUGGAACCAUACUAGAAAUACCAAGGUACAAGGCAAAGUCUGCUUGUGCACAGCCCUGCGAAAAACCUGGCCUCUUCAUGCUCCAUCUGCAUUGUCACCGGCCUCAGACCUUUCUCCAGGAAGACAAAUCCAUCCARAACUUUGGUGUCACUGGUGCUGUUACAAUUCGAAGGGAUAAUAAUGGCUUCCUCUCAUUCUCCACUUGGAGCUUCUGGAUGGAGAUGAGCAUGGGUUUGUUYUUCUGCAUUUUUCCUCGCUUCCUCCACAGAGGCAGCAACAGCAGCAGCCACUGACUUGGCUGUGUUUUUCAUAGCCAUUUGCUCUGCCUCUGCCUUGAUCCUGAGGUGGAGCAGGAGCCAGUGGCUUUCUCCGCUUACAGCAGACCCUCCUCACCUUCCUGCCCGUCACGAUGCAGAGGCUCCUGCCCCGUUGUGCUCAAGGCUGUCSGGCCUCCUGGUUUGUGCCUGCUGUGCAGGGCCCCCGUGGAGUCCGUGCAGACUGCUGUCACUGUUUCUGGACAGCAUCUCRCUUUGGUUUUGUGUGGGAGGGGAGUAAUUUAUUCUUUGGAAGGAGGUCAGAUCUGAGUGCAGAUCUCAAGCUUUACAGUUUGAGAGCAGACUGCUGAAGAUGUUUGUUUUACGUUCCAGACUCGAUCAUGUUCCCUAUUUAAGCGACGUGUGACCUCAAUGAUGAUGGAACCUGAUGGGAACUCUCACCCUCUGCUCGGCCCCCUGCUCACUCCAUUUCCAAGCUCCUCCCAUGCUGCUCGAGCACUGCUGCUCCUCCUGCUCUCAGGAGCACGUCCUUCCUUCGCCGUCUUGGUCCCAAGAUGCAGUAUUUGCACAUUUGAUUUGUAUACGUAUUUCAGAGGAGCUGGAAUAAACUGAGCAAUGUGGCCAAGUGAGAGGGUAGCAGGGUGGUCUCAUCCGCCUGAAGAGCAUGAUCAGGAGGGCGAUUGCCAAGGGAAUGACUGAUUACACGUGGAAAGUGRCUCCUGAGACUGGAGCAGGCUGGACUGCACCCACAGGCACUGUCCCAGUACCUGGGUGUUGAGGCACAGGCAGCCAGCACUGUGUUCAGUGGAGGGGGAUCCCCGAGGAAUGUGGGGUGGACUCAUGGUCCUGGCACUGUGACUGUCACAGCCCAAGGAUUGCAGUCUGCCUUGCUCUGAACUGAAGGGGGAGCAUGGCCCUGGCAUGGGCAGGGGAUGCUCAGAGCAGGGCUCACGUGGCUCCCCUAGACCAACUCUGCACCUGCUGACUUGCGGAGGGCUGUGCCUUUGGAGCUGAGACCCUCAAGGGGCUGUGCAGGAGGGGCAGGCAGUGACCCAGGCAUGACAGAGGAGCAAACUGYACAGAAUUAUUUGAGUCCAGGCUGCAGGCAGAGGCAGCUGCCAGGACACGGCACUGAGAGCUGCUUACAGACCAGCAUGGGAUGUGUCCCUCRGGAGCCUCUCCUGCCUGGUGUGCCUGUAGCCAAGGGGCUUGUUCAAGGGCAAGUCCUGCCCAGCUUCUUGUUGUGGCUGCUGUUUCCCUUGUCAUCUGGGAGCAGCCCAAAGAUCCUGCUGCUUCUGGGCUGCAGAGAUCACGCUGGGAGGGCUCUCUUUCCCUUUACCCUCCCYAUGUCCUUUCCCCACUGCUCUGGCCUCCCUGUUCCCCCAGGGACACGCCUGCUGUAAGGAUGCUCUGUGAGGUUUCCAGCAGGUUUUUGAGCAUAUGCUAUGGCAGAUACUCCUUUGAAGUAUCUCCCAGUUUGUUUUUCCUUCUCAAGAAGUCCAUGGGACUGGAUUUCCAUGGCUCUCACCAAGCAACACGCCCUUUGCAGUUCCCAUAUAUCAGCCUGGACUUAGGACCAUCAUCUUUUGAGCCAUGCUGGCAGUGGGGAUGCUCGGUCUGGAGCUGGCUGAGAUUGUGGCUGGGAAAGGGUUGACAACUCCUCUUAGUCCUUGAACUGGGUCUUUAAGCAGCUGCCAUGGGAGCCUCGGGGCAGGGAUAGGCGAUGGGCUGUACCCAUGUGCUGCAGUGAGCUGAGAUGCCAGCGUGGGAAGCUGCACCCAGAAGGAGGAGGGGGAUAAAGAGCCUUCAGUGUCUGUGGUGGGCUCCUCUCCACCCUCGUGGAGGCUUGUGAUGGCAUUAAUCUGAUUUAGAUUGGUUUAUUGAGCACUACAAAACUACAGGGCACUUUCAUCCUCCAACUCGCUGGCUCCAGGUCCAAGGACACAGCAUGGCCACUGCUCGGCCUUCCCUGUCAYCCCAGCUCUUCACCACAGCCAUGAACAGGUCCUGAUGGAAGUUCAGAGCAGGGACAUAACUCCAGGCCCUUCCUUCCACCCUGACGGGGGUCUCCAGGCAGAAGUGUCCAAGUUGAAUAGGUGAGUGAGUGGCCCAGAGUGACUGUGGUGGGUCAGGACCCCCUGCAGGUAGAAGGAAAGAGCGUUURGGGGCCAAGGCUCUCCUGUGGCUCACUGACACCACGGAGCAGCCCGUGGCCAGGUGAUGGGGCUCCAGCUCCAGGAGCAGUGCCCAGCACUGGGUUUUGCUCCUGGGUGCCGUUCUUUUGGCUGCCUCUCCACGCACACCUGCAGCCACCUCCCGCCCUCGAAACGCUGCAGUCCUGCCAGCACAGAGCGGUGCACACAGGUCAGAGCAGGGUCAGUGGGACGGAUGUGAGUCUUGGCCUCUCCCUUGCAGUGACUCACCUUGUCAGAUCGGAAGGGAGAGCCCAGGGGAAUUCUCCACAGCCUAAAUAUAGAGCGGGGUUGCCUGGUGCCUCUGAUGCGCUGUGGUGCAGAAAGGCCACUCGGGUGGCAGGGAACCCGCCCAGAGAGGGCCAGGGAAACACAGAGACAUCAGGAGCCAGCGCCCACAGUGGGUUUCACUCCAGCUGGUGCUCCAGGUCUGGGAUGCUGCUGGGCAGCCUGCACAUGCUGCUCUAAAGGACAGGGUCUGCCAGAGAGUUGCUGCUGCUGUGCUGACCACACCAUGAGCUGCUUGUGCAUUUAUGGCAGCGCCCACCACACUGGCAUUGGGCUCCUGCCACCAGCUCACUCCAUUAGGCCUGGCCAUGCUGUGGUCUCAAGCUCACAUGUGCCAAAGGGAAGCAYCAUGGCCAGGUAGCAGGAGGCAGCAGUGGGAUCCAGCCCAACAUUCCUCAUCCCAGCAUCUCUGGUUUCCAGUGUCUCCUUGGAGGGAGCAGUGGGGAGGUCCUGCCAGGCCAUGCUGUGCUACCCCUCAGUGUGGGCACUGCUGGGAGUGGGGGAAGGUGUCAGAACAGGGCAGUCUGUGUCAAUGGCCACAGCUGGGUUGGGUACAGGCAGAACUGGACACGGGCAAGGGCUUCCAAGUGUUUGGCAGGGAGGCAGCCACCAUGCCGAGCUCCACGGGCACCAGCACGGCAUUCAAGUGUGUGUCACUCGCAGUAUUAGAGACGUGUCCUUUGGUGCAGGAGCUCCUUUGGGGCCACUGCCCAGCCCCUCUGGGCUCUGGCUCCUUGCACAGCCUGCACGGGGUCUCGAAAAGGCCAGUGCAUUCGCCGGUACUGUACCAAGCCAAGAUGCAAGAACUCAAUGAGUUUUUAAAAUUAGUUUUAGUUUCUKCAAUUUUUUUUAAUUUCCCCUCUAGGCAGGGAGGGCAAGAGUCUUGCAGGCUCCUCCAAGCCGGCUUAUGUCACAUCAAUUCAAGUCAUAUCACAGAAGCAAUAAAGCUAUCAAACAAGC